GACCCCGGCCGGCCGGGGAGAGGUGUGAGGGAGGCUGCCUCAGACCGAAACCCGAGCCCGGCAGCUUCGGCUGGCCCUCAGGACGUUCCCCAGUAAUAUGCGUCGCGAGCCGCAUUCCCCCUUGUCUCUCCGUCGGCUGCAUCCAGCCUCGGGGCGCUUGGCCGCCCCGCCCCCGUUAGGGGAGGAGCCACGACGAGGCUAUCAUCUAAUAGGGCCGGUUUGACCUGAUCCGGCGACCGGUCCAGCGAGGGGACGGGGCUGCUGAAGGCCCCGCCCACAAACAAGGUCGAGGGGCGUGACCACGCGGCCGGCGGAAGUGGAGCCCUUCGCGAGGGCGCGGGACCUCCCAGGGCACGCGAGAAAGCCGGACUAUAGGGGCGGGGUCGGGCCGGGGAUGGGCACGCGGGCGAGCAGCAGAGAGCAGCACGCGGACUCUCGAAGCAUCGGGGACACGGUACAACGGCGGCGGGUAAAGGAAGCAGCUCGUAGCCCGGCGGCCAGCGCAGAGAGCAUCAUGGCAGGGCAGGUGGCUCUGAGCCGGACCCAGGUGUGCGGGAUCCUGCGGGAAGAGCUGUACCAGGGCGAUGCCUUCCAUCAGGCUGAUACGCAUAUCUUUAUCAUCAUGGGUGCAUCGGGUGACCUGGCCAAGAAGAAGAUCUACCCCACCAUCUGGUGGCUGUUCCGGGAUGGCCUUUUGCCCGAAGACACCUACAUCGUGGGCUAUGCCCGCUCCCGCCUCACAGUGGCUGACAUCCGCAAGCAGAGCGAGCCCUUCUUCAAAGCUGCCCCGGAGGAGAAGCCCAAACUGGAGGAGUUCUUUGCCCGCAACUCCUACGUGGCUGGCCAGUACAACGAUGCAGCCUCCUAUGAGCGCCUCAACAGCCACAUGAACGCUCUCCACCAGGGGCCACAGGCCAACCGCCUCUUCUACCUGGCCCUGCCCCCCACUGUCUAUGAGGCUGUCACCAAGAACAUCCACGAAACCUGCAUGAGCCAGACAGGCUGGAAUCGCAUCAUCGUGGAGAAGCCCUUCGGGAGGGACCUAGAGAGCUCCAACCGGCUGUCCAACCACAUCGCCUCCCUGUUCCGCGAGGACCAGAUCUACCGCAUCGACCACUACCUGGGCAAGGAGAUGGUCCAGAACCUUAUGGUGCUGAGGUUUGCCAACAGGAUCUUCGGCCCCAUCUGGAACCGGGACAACAUCGCCUGCGUCAUUCUCACCUUCAAAGAGCCCUUUGGCACUGAGGGUCGUGGGGGCUACUUCGAUGAAUUUGGGAUCAUCCGGGAUGUGAUGCAGAACCACCUCCUGCAGAUGCUGUGUCUGGUGGCCAUGGAGAAGCCCGCCUCCACCCACUCAGAUGACGUCCGCGAUGAGAAGGUCAAGGUGUUGAAAUGUAUCUCAGAGGUGCAGGCGAGCAACGUGGUCCUGGGCCAGUAUGUGGGGAACCCCAACGGAGAGGGAGAGGCCACAAAAGGGUACCUGGAUGACCCCACAGUGCCCCGGGGGUCCACCACAGCCACCUUUGCGGCCGUCGUCCUCUACGUGGAGAACGAGCGGUGGGAUGGGGUGCCCUUCAUCCUGCGCUGUGGCAAAGCGCUGAACGAGCGCAAGGCCGAGGUGCGCCUGCAGUUCUGCGACGUGGCCGGGGACAUCUUCCGACAGCAGUGCAAGCGCAACGAGCUGGUGAUCCGCGUGCAGCCCAAUGAGGCCGUGUACACCAAGAUGAUGACCAAGAAGCCUGGCAUGUUCUUCAACCCCGAGGAGUCGGAGCUGGACCUGACCUACGGCAACAGAUACAAGAACGUGAAGCUCCCCGACGCCUACGAGCGCCUCAUCCUGGACGUCUUCUGUGGGAGCCAGAUGCACUUCGUGCGCAGUGACGAGCUGCGGGAGGCCUGGCGGAUCUUCACUCCUCUGCUGCACCAGAUCGAACUCGAGAAGGCCCAGCCCAUCCCCUACGUCUACGGCAGCCGUGGCCCUGUGGAAGCGGACGAGCUGAUGAAGAGAGUGGGCUUCCAGUACGAGGGCACCUACAAGUGGGUGAACCCGCACAAGCUCUGACCCUGUGCCGGGCCCACCCCCGCCUCGCCUCUCCGUGCUCCCCCGCCGCCACCACCCCCUCCCCGCCCCCGCCUGACCCACCUCGGGAGGACCCGCCUCUGGAGGACUCGGGACCACAGCCCUUAGCCUCACAUUCCCGCCCGGGCUCGGGCCACGCCACCCGCCCCUGGGCCCAGUCUCAUUCCUCUGCCACCCAGCACUGUGACCAUCCCCACCCGAGCCAGCCUCUGUCCCCCAGACUGAGCCCUCCUGGAGGAAGGAGAAGGAGGGCUGCAGUUGUGGGCAGCAGGGGGGCAAGGUCCUCGGAGCGCAGGGGAAGGGGGCAGGCGCGGCCCAGUCUCAGCGCCACUUGACAUUCCUGGUUCCCCACUGGAAGGGACCUCUGUGCUGGAAGGGCCCAGCAGCGCACCUGUGUCGGGCCUCCCGAGUGGCCUUCUGCCCCCCACAGCUCCCGCGGCCACCCUAACUCAGCACUCCACGGCCGCCCCAUCUCACCCCGCCCUCAGGUGGUGCCCUCGCCACCAGAAAAGCAGAAGCGGCAGGUGGGAUGCCCCGGCUCAGUCCCCUGCC